ACAAAAGUUGGAAUCAAUGGGUUUGGACGUAUUGGGCGGUUAGUUCUUCGAAUAGCAACUUUCAGGGAUGAUAUAGACGUGGUAGCAGUCAAUGAUCCUUUUAUUGAUGCUAAGUACAUGGCUUACAUGUUUAAGUAUGACUCCACUCAUGGACCCUAUAAGGGAACCAUCAAUGUUGUAGAUGAAUCCACCUUGGAAAUCAAUGGGAAGCAAAUUAAAAUUACCUGCAAAAGAGACCCAGCAGAGAUUCCUUGGGGUGAUUAUGGGGCUGACUAUGUAGUUGAAUCUUCUGGCGUUUUUACUACUAUUGACAAGGCAUCAUUACAUAAAAAGGGUGGUGCAAAGAAGGUUGUAGUAUCAGCUCCAUCGGCUGAUGCACCUAUGUUUGUUGUUGGAGUAAAUGAGAAAACCUACAACCCAAGCAUGGACAUUGUUUCCAAUGCUAGCUGUACCACCAAUUGCCUUGCUCCUUUGGCCAAGGUGAUUCAUGAGGAGUUUGGUAUCUUAGAGGGAUUAAUGACGACAGUACAUGCAACGACAGGUAUGCGUUGUGCACAC